AUGGCAUCCGAGACGACAGAAGAGACUCGACCCCCUCCCAGCUUUAAGGGCCGUCUCCAGCUCGAAAGCUUCAUGUAUAACGGUAGCGGAUUGCGGAGAAGCCCCCGUCUCUCUGGAGCCUUGUCAUACAGCGCACCUCCGACUCCGUCAGCGGCUCAACCCAAUUUGUCGUCCAAGCGCAAAGAGCCACCAUCACAGAACUCACAGGAUGGAGCCAGCGACGGCGAUGGCAACGGUACUUCCUCUUCCUCCUCUGCCAGCAAUUCUCAAGCCAAACGCAAGCGUGUCCGCCAGCCAUCCUCUUACGCCCCUCCAUCUACCUAUGCCCAUCUCCCUCCUCUUCCUGACUCUCUCGGGCCCAACCUCUUAGUCCUCUUCGUUGGCUUAAACCCGGGCAUUGAAACAGCUCGCUCGGGACACGCCUACGCCCAUCCAACCAACCUUUUCUGGAGGCUUCUCUACUCGUCGGGCGUCACGCCUCGACUAUGCUCACCCACCGAAGACCGGCAAAUGCCAGCGCUGUACUCGUUGGGGCUGACAAAUAUCGUCUCAAGGCCCAGUCGGAAUGGCGCCGAGCUGAGUAAACAAGAAAUGGAUGCUGGCGUGGACAUAUUGGAGAAAAAAACCAGGAUAUGGAGGCCAGAGGUAGUGUGUAUUGUUGGGAAAAGUAUCUGGGAGAGUAUUUGGAGAGUCAAGCAUGGAAAGGCUAUAAAGCCUGCCGAAUUCCGGUAUGGAUGGCAAGAUGAGACGGAGAAUAUGGGCGUGGUAGGUCCCCAAGGGCAGAAAGAAGAGGAGAAGGAGGAGGGAGUGGAGUACUCACCGGACUGGAAGGGGGCGAGGGUCUUUGUGGCGACAAGCACGAGUGGGUUGGCAGCUACGUUGAAACCCAAGGAGAAGGAGGCGAUCUGGAAAGAAUUGGGAGACUGGGUCGUCAAACGACGGGCAGAGCGAGUAGCAGCGGCAGACAGAUCCUGA